AUGUCUGACUUUGUAGAAAGUGAAGCAGAGGAGUCUGAGGAGGAGUACAACCAGGAUGGGGAGGUUAUGCCCAGAGUAACCAAGAAGUUUGUAGAGGAAGAUGAGGAUGAUGAGGAAGAAGAGGAGGAGAAUCUCGAUGAUCAAGAUGAGCAGGGGAACCUGAAAGGAUUCAUUAAUGAUGAUGACGAUGAGGAAGAGGAAGAGGAGGAAGAAGCCAGUGACUCUGGAGACUCUGAGGACGAUGUUGGCCACAAAAAGAGAAAGCGCACUUUUGACGACCGUCUGGAAGAUGAUGAUUUUGACCUCAUUGAAGAGAACUUGGGCGUUAAAGUCAAAAGACAAAAAUUCAGGCGUGUGCGAAAAAUGUCCGAUGAUGAGGAUGACGAGGAGGAAGACUAUGGAAAGGAAGAACAUGAGAAGGAAGCCAUUGCUGAAGAAAUCUUUCAGGAUGGUGAAGGCGAGGAAGGAGGGGAAGCUGUUGAAGCUCCUGUUGCUCCACCAGAAGAAGAGGAGGAGGAGGAGGAAGAUGAAUCUGACAUUGAUGACUUCAUUGUGGAUGACGAUGGACAACCUCUGAAGAAGCCAAAAUGGCGAAAGAAGCUCCCUGGAUACACAGAUGCUGCUUUGCAGGAAGCCCAGGAAAUCUUUGGUGUGGACUUUGACUAUGAUGAGUUUGAGAAGUACAAUGAGUACGAUGAGGAGAUGGAGGAGGAAUAUGAGUAUGAGGAUGAAGAAACCGAAGGGGAGACCCGUGUACGACCCAAAAAGACUGCCAAGAAGCGUGUUAGUCGGCGUAGCAUCUUUGAGAUGUACGAGCCCAGUGAACUGGAGAGCAGUCACCUAACGGACCAGGACAACGAGAUCCGCAUGACAGACAUGCCCGAGAGGUUCCAGUUGCGAUCCAUCCCAGUGAAGAGUGCUGAAGAUGAUGAGCUGGAGGAAGAAGCUGACUGGAUUUACAGGAAUGCGUUUGCAACACCCACCAUCUCCUUGCAGGAAAGUUCUGACUACCUUGACCGUGGACAACCCAGCAGCAGCUUCAGCCGCAAGGGGCCCAGCACCAUCCAGAAGAUUAAAGAAGCUCUGAAUUUCAUGAGAAAUCAACAUUUUGAGGUCCCAUUCAUCGCCUUCUACAGAAAGGAGUAUGUGGAGCCAGAGCUGCACAUCAAUGACCUGUGGAGGGUCUGGCAGUGGGAUGAAAAGUGGACCCAGCUGAAGAUCCGCAAGCAGAACCUGACACGUCUGUUUGAGAAGAUGCAGGCCUAUCAGUACGAACAAAUCUCCGCUGACCCAGACAAACCCUUGGCUGAUGGAAUAAGGGCCUUGGAUACUACUGACAUGGAGAGGUUGAAGGACGUGCAGUCCAUGGACGAGCUGAAGGACGUGUAUAAUCACUUCCUGCUGUACUAUGGGCGAGACAUCCCCAAGAUGCAGAAUGCUGCCAAGGCUGCUCGAAAGAAGCAAAAGCGUAUCCGAGAGGAUGGUGAAGAGGAAGAAGGUGAAGGGGAGGAUGCAGAAGAUGAUGAGCAGAAAGGACCUGAGCUGAAGCAGGCUUCCCGUCGGGAUAUGUACACCAUCUGUCAAACAGCUGGGCUGGAUGGCCUGGCUAAGAAGUUUGGUCUGACACCUGAGCAGUUUGGGGAGAAUCUCCGAGACAGUUACCAGCGUCACGAGACAGAGCAGUUCCCUGCAGAGCCCCUGGAGCUGGCCAAGGAUUAUGUGUGUAGUCAAUUCCCAAGCCCUGAAGCUGUGCUGGAAGGAGCCCGAUACAUGGUGGCUUUGCAGAUAGCCAGAGAGCCUUUGGUCAGACAGGUCCUGAGACAGACUUUCCAAGAAAGAGCUAAAAUCAACAUUUCACCAACCAAAAAGGGGAAGAAGGAUAUUGAUGAAGCCCACUAUGCCUAUUCCUUUAAAUACUUGAAGAACAAGCCUGUGAAGGAGCUGCGAGAUGACCAGUUCUUGAAAAUGAGCCUGGCAGAGGAGGAGGCACUGCUCACUAUAGAUAUCAGCAUUGACAUGAAAGGAGUGGAAGGUUAUGGUAGCGACCAGACGUACUUUGAGGAAAUCAAACAGUUCUAUUAUCGGGAUGAGUUCAGCCACCAGGUGCAAGAGUGGAAUCGGCAGCGUACGAUGGCCAUUGAGCGGUCCCUCAACCAGUUCCUCUAUGUGCAGAUGGCUAAAGAGUUGAAGAACAAGCUGUUGGUAGAGGCCAAGGAGUAUGUCCUCAAGGCUUGCAGCCGGAAACUGUACAACUGGCUAAAAGUAGCUUCAUACCGUCCUGAUCAGCAAGUGGAGGAAGAUGAUGAUUUCAUGGAUGAAAACCAAGGGAAGGGCAUUCGGGUGCUAGGCAUUGCGUUUUCCUCAGCCAGGGACCACCCUGUGUUUUGCGCCCUUGUUAACGGAGAGGGUGAGGUUACAGACUUCCUCCGAUUGCCGCAUUUCACAAAGAGGAGGAAUGCCUGGCGUGAGGAAGAGAGGGAAAAGAAGGCACAGGAUAUUGAAACUUUGAAAAAAUUCCUCCUGAACAAGAAGCCUCACGUGGUGACAAUUGCAGGCGAGAACAGGGAUGCUCAGAUGCUGAUGGAGGAUGUAAAGAGAAUUGUUCAUGAGCUGGAUCAAGGGCAGCAGCUGUCCUCUAUCGGAGUGGAGCUGGUGGACAACGAACUGGCCAUCCUCUACAUGAACAGCAAGAAGUCUGAGAGUGAGUUCCGGGAUUACCCACCUCUGUUGCGUCAAGCUGUCUCCCUUGCUCGUCGCAUUCAGGACCCCCUCAUUGAGUUUGCCCAGGUCUGCAGCUCUGAUGAGGAUAUUCUCUGCCUGAAACUCCACCCUCUGCAGGAGCACGUGGUGAAGGAGGAACUGCUGAAUGCCCUCUACUGCGAAUUCAUAAACCGUGUGAACGAGGUGGGAGUGGAUGUCAAUCGGGCUAUUGCUCACCCUCACAGCCAGGCUUUGCUGCAGUAUGUGUGUGGCCUAGGACCACGCAAAGGCACUCAUCUGCUAAAGAUCUUAAAACAAAACAACACACGUCUGGAGAACAGGACCCAGCUGGUUACGAUGUGUCACAUGGGACCCAAGGUGUUUAUCAACUGUGCUGGCUUCAUCAAAAUUGACACGGCAUCACUGGGUGAUAGUACCGAUUCCUACAUCGAAGUCCUAGAUGGGUCUAGGGUCCAUCCUGAAACUUAUGAAUGGGCAAGAAAAAUGGCAGUGGAUGCCUUGGAAUACGAUGAGUCGGCAGAGGAUGCUAAUCCCGCGGGAGCUCUAGAGGAGAUCUUAGAAAACCCUGAGCGUCUGAAAGACCUGGAUCUCGAUGCCUUUGCUGAAGAACUGGAAAGACAGGGCUACGGUGACAAGCAUAUCACUUUAUAUGACAUUCGAGCUGAACUAAGCUGCAGGUACAAGGACCUGAGAACCCCAUACCGUUCUCCAAACACAGAAGAGGUCUUCAAUAUGCUGACCAAAGAAACUCCAGAGACUUUUUAUAUAGGUAAAAUGAUCAUCUGCAAUGUGACUGGGAUAGCCCACAGGCGGCCGCAAGGAGAAAGCUACGACCAGGCAAUACGGAACGAUGAAACUGGCCUUUGGCAGUGUCCUUUCUGUCAGCAGGAUAACUUUCCAGAGCUCAGCGAGGUUUGGAACCACUUUGACAGCGGAUCCUGCCCAGGUCAGGCCAUUGGAGUGAAGACACGUCUGGAUAAUGGUGUCGCUGGCUUCAUCCCAACAAAAUUUCUUAGUGAUAAGGUGGUCAAACGGCCAGAAGAAAGGGUGAAGGUGGGAAUGACCGUUCACUGCAGGAUUAUGAAGAUUGACAUUGAGAAGUUCAGUGCCGACCUGACCUGCAGGACCUCAGACCUUAUGGAUAAGAACAAUGAGUGGAAACUUCCUAAAGACACCUACUAUGACUUUGACUCUGAGGCAGCAGAUCACAAACAGGAAGAAGAUCUGAAAAGAAAGCAGCAGCGGACAACGUACAUCAAGAGAGUAAUUGCUCACCCAUCAUUCCACAACAUUAGCUUCAAGCAAGCCGAGAAGAUGAUGGAGACCAUGGACCAAGGGGAUGUGAUUAUUCGGCCAAGUAGCAAGGGGGAGAACCACCUGACUGUCACCUGGAAGGUGAACGAUGGGAUUUACCAACACGUGGAUGUCCGAGAAGAGGGCAAGGAGAAUGCCUUCAGCCUGGGCUCCACGCUUUGGAUUAACACAGAGGAGUUUGAAGACCUGGAUGAAAUUGUUGCUCGCUAUGUCCAGCCAAUGGCUUCUUUUGCCAGAGACCUGUUGAAUCACAAAUACUAUCAGGACUGCAAUGGUGGAGACAAGAAGAAGCUGGAAGAGCUGCUGAUAAAGACCAAGAAAGAGAAGCCAACGUUUAUUCCCUAUUUUAUCAGUGCCUGUAAAGAUCUACCUGGCAAAUUCCUCUUGGGAUAUCAGCCUCGAGGCAAACCAAGGAUAGAGUAUGUGACAGUGACGCCAGAAGGAUUCCGCUACCGGGGCCAGGUCUUCCCUACGGUGAACGUUUUUAAGGAUCAUUAUCAGGACCCUGUUCCAGGUAUUACCCCCAGCAGUAGCAGUCGGACCAGGACUCCAGCCUCCAUUAAUGCUACUCCAGCUAACAUUAACCUGGCAGACCUGACCCGUGCAGUGAACGCUCUACCACAGAACAUGACUUCCCAGAUGUUCAGUGCCAUCGCUGCUGUGACAGGCCAGGGACAGAACCCAAAUGCCACCCCUGCGCAGUGGGCAUCCAGUCAGUACGGCUAUGGAGGCAGCGGAGGCGGCAGCAGCGCGUACCACGUCUUCACGACUCCAGCACAGCAGCCGGUGGCCACCCCUCUGAUGACCCCCAGUUACUCUUACACUACCCCCAGCCAGCCGAUUACAACACCCCAGUACCAGCUCCAGGCCAACACCACGCCUCAGUCCACCCAGUCCCAGACACAGUCGCAGCCAUCAUCCAGCUCCAGGCAGAGGCAGCAGCCAAAGACCAACAGUCACGCUGCGAUCGACUGGGGGAAGAUGGCCGAGCAGUGGCUCCAGGAGAAGGAGGCUGAACGGAGGAAACAGAAACAGAGGUUGACUCCUCGCCCGUCUCCCAGCCCCAUGAUUGAGAGCACGCCCAUGUCCAUCGCUGGGGAUGCCACCCCACUGCUGGAUGAGAUGGACCGAUAG